AUGGAAUAUCCUGAUACACGAACAGAGGAUGAAUGGCGAGCAAUUUUAAGUCCUGAACAAUUCCGUAUCCUGCGUAGGAAAGGUACCGAAGCCGCCUUUACCGGCGAAUACGACAAGCACAAACCAACAUCCGGCGUCUACCACUGCGCUGGUUGCAAUGCGCCUCUCUAUAAGGCCGAGCACAAGUUUACCUCUGGCUGCGGCUGGCCCGCGUAUUUCGACUGUAUCCCUGGUGCGGUGACGCGACAUGAAGAUCGUUCAUUUGGUAUGACACGGACAGAAAUUGUGUGUUCAAAUUGCGGAGGACAUCUAGGCCAUGUAUUCAAGGGAGAAGGAUAUCCAACGCCCACGGACGAGAGGCAUUGCGUUAAUAGCAUAAGUUUGAAGUUCUCGAAUAAGAAUGGGGAAGGGAAAUAG